UUGACGACUCUUUUGUUUAUUCAUCAUCACUCACUCACUCAUUCAUUCGUUCUUUAGUCAUUCUUUAACAUAGUCACUCGUUUCACUAUGCGUCUGUCUUCAGGUCUUCUUGUGGCUUGCGCCUCGGGCGCUUUCGCCCACAACUUCAAGAGGUUCACCAACAGCAGCACUUCUGCUCUUGAGUCCAGCACUACUCUUCCCACCAGCCUCGACACCACCACCGCUGCAGCUCCCAGCUCCACCACCGCCCCCGGUGCCUCUCAGUCCGUUGAUCUUGGAUCUGCCACCCUUGGCCGGGGUUCAAGCUUCGUCACUGGUCCCAAUGGCGAGACCAUCGUUCGCAUGUCUGCCGGAGCCAACGGCAUUGCUCAGUUCAGCGCUUCUCCAGGAAUUACCAAGUUCGCAGUGGGAGCCGAGAUCCAGAUCCGCUUCAAUAUCAAAGUCAGUGCCGUGAUCGAGGGUCGCAAGCGUGCUUUCGAGGGCUGCACUCUCGAUGUCAACCUCGAUGGCGAGACCAUCUACUCCGAGCCUCUUGCCGACACCAACGGCGCCGCCGUUGAGCAGGCCAGUAACCCUACUACUCUCAACUCCGAGAAGCCCAACAUUCAGUUCCUCCAGUCUUGUGGCUCUGAGCCCGUCCAGCUUGAUGUUUCCGAUCUUGCUGUCGCUGCUGCCACUGAUGGUGGCUCUACUGGUCUUCCCACUGGUGCUGCUACCGAGACUGCUACCGAGACUGGCACUGAGGUCGCUACUGGCACCAACUCCGAGGGCGCUACCACCAACUCUGAGGGUGAGACUGUGAUCCCCACUGGCACUGAGACUGGCUCUGCUAUCGCUACUGGAACCAACUCUGAGGGUGCUACCACCAACUCCGAGGGCGAGACCGUCAUCCCCACUGAGACUGCUAUCGAGACCAACAGUGCUGGCUUCACCACCAACUCUGAGGGUGAGACUGUCUUCCCUACUGGAACUCAGACUGGCGCUGCUACCAACAGCGAGGGUGCCACUACCAACUCUGAGGGAGAGACUGUUGUUCCUACUGCUACCGGUACUGAGGCUUCUGCUUCUGCUUCUGCUACUUCCCCCGCUGGCUUCCCCGGUUCCGUUGGUGUCUUCACCCUCUUCGGCUGUGUCGGUUCUUCUGCUGGUUUCCCUACUUUCGAGCUUGCUGAGACCAACGCUCAGAUGGAUCUUGAGCGCUGUGCUUCUCUCUGCACUGGCCGUGCCUACUUUGGUGUCUACGAUACUGCUUGCUACUGUGGUGAUGAGGUUGAUGCCGACAACACCAGCCGUGUUGAUAUUGACCAGUGUGAUAUCCAGUGCCCUGGCGACCGUGACAACUUCUGUGGUGGUGACACCCGCCGCAACCGUCUCCAGGCCCGUCAAGCUGUUGCCGCUGGCCGUCUUCUGACCGUCUACGUCUCUGCUAUCGGUGCCGGUGCCACUGUCACUGACUCUGUUACCGAGACCGUUACCGACCAGACCACUCUCGUCACCACCUUCACCACCGCUGUCGCCGGCCCUCAGACCACCACCACCGAGACCGUCACCGCCGUCCAGGUCUGCUUCAACGGAAAGUGCUAUACCCAGACCUCUGACCGCACCGUCUUCAUCUUCAUCGAGGUCAACGGCAGCGACUGUGACAACGAGUGGGUUUUCAUCACCGAGGAGUGCUCUUGCCAGGGCGGUCUCCAAUACGUCCCCAAGUUCUGCUCCGGUGGAAGCUGUGCCGGCGAGAAGGUUUAUAAGACACAGGAGUGCCACGACUGGUGGAACCACGAGACUUUCUAUGUCGCUGCUGAUUGCGAGGUCUGCAAGAAGGGAGAGGUUAUGUACAAGCCUUGGGAGAACUCUUGGGGUACCCCUGAUAACUGCAAGGCUGAGAUGGUUCCUGUCUGCAACGGUGCCAAGUGCCCUGCUAUCAAGGUUCCUACUCACGGUUACAAUCACCCUGUUUACAACGGCACCUACACCAACACUACCUCUCACGGUGGUGCCCCUCACUGCUCCGGCCCCAACUGCCCCGGCUCCAAGGUUGUCCCUCACUGCAGCGGACCUAACUGCCCAGGCGCCCAGGCCACUGGUUCUCAGGGCAGUGGCUCUAACUGCAACGGUGCUGACUGCCACGGUGCCACCGGCAGCGGCCCCAAGCCCACCACUGUCCCCGUUGUCAUCAACGGUGCCGGCAAGCAGGCCGUUGGUGCUGCUACCCUCUUCGCUGCUCUCUUUGCGGCCCUUCUCUAGAUGCUAGCAUCUCCUCUUCUUCUUUCUGGAGCCUUUUAGAAUAAUGACCUUCUAGUCGAGCUAUUAAUGAGACCUUCAUUUUGCAUGCUUUAAUCUUGGUAUUCCCUUCGUGACAACUGAAUUUUUCGCCCUUGUAGACGGUUAGUGUAGCUUGGCCACUAAACUCAAUCUGUGGGACUGUCCAAUUUCACUUGUGUGACUAUUGAAUAGUGGCGCAGCUGAGCCCAAACAAUGUGCUGUCAGCGUUAACAGAGUUGGGAAGUAUCACCGAGGCAUUUGUCGCUAUUGAGACUACUACCUCAUCUCGGCACAUUGACACAACCGACUUAUAGCACCACGACAAUUGCGGAGCCUAAGGUACCGCGGCGGUCAAUGGCCCGACUACUGGGCUCGCUGUUACCACUACUACAGCCCAGAGAUUUCUGCAAUCAACCCCCCAAUCAUACUUGUUCCACAAAGCUCAUUCCCAUGGUUGCAGGUGGUCAAGGGAACUUUUAAUCUCCUCAGCUUGUCUAUACUGUUUUCCAUAAAGAGUCGUUUAUUUCGGAUGAUAUAGAGACUAGUCAAUCAUGCCAACCUUCACAAUCAACUUAUAGCCUUGCUUGGGUCCGUCCAAACUCGACCUGUCACAGUUCCCUCUGCCAGCCGCUUGAUAGUCUCUGGUAUUUCCUCAAAAGCAACCUCUGUAAGCUCAGGCUUAAUAGCACCCUCGGCCAGAAGUGUCAGAACGUCCUUCAAGUCCUGCAUUGACGCGCCGAUGGACCCAACGAUAGUUACGCCCUUGAGGAUAUACCCCGAACCCGUAUUGGAUGGAAUCGUGACGUCUGACGACGCAAGGCCAACAGUGACGACUUUGCCACCUGGUUUCACAGCCUUGAUCGCAGUUGAAGUGGUUGUAGAGUGGCCAACAAAGUCAACAAUAACAUCAAAUGCUAAAUCAGCAUUGGUUGCA